GCCGCCGGCCGCGGCGCGCCCCGUGCCCGGGAUGCGUCCGGCGGCGGAGCGCCGGCUGCUGCCAGGAGCCGGGGGCAGCCGGGCGGGCAGGGGGGCUCCCGCCGCCGCCGCGGCUCGGCGCCGCCGCCGCGGCUGGGAUUAGGCUCCCGCUGGGCUGCGAUGCGGAGCGGCGGGGCGGGCGCGGCGGGGCCCAGCGGGAGGGCGCGGGGCGCCGCCAGGCGCUGAGGCGGGCGGCGGGCGAGGAGCCGCCGGAGCUCUCCAGGGUGCUGGGGUGCCUCCCGCCCGCUCUCCCGCCCGCCCGCGGGAGCCGCGCCGCCCGCGCCCGCCGAGCCGCGCCGCGGAGCCCCUCCGAUGCCUCCGACACCGCCGCUGCCGGGCUCCGCCGCCUCUCCGAGCAGCAUGGCCCGGAUUAGGUACCUCCGCGCCGCUGUCUCGGGGUUUUAUCUGUGGGAAGCUGCGGUACUGCUCAGCUUGGUAGCCACAAAGGAAACAGACAGUGCAAGAUCUCGUAGCAUGCCAAUGUCGCCAUCCGAUUUCCUGGAUAAGCUAAUGGGUAGGAUGUCAGGCUAUGAUGCGAGGAUCAGACCAAAUUUCAAAGGUCCUCCAGUUAAUGUCACAUGCAACAUAUUUAUAAACAGCUUUGGAUCCAUUGCAGAGACAACCAUGGAUUACCGAGUGAACAUCUUUCUCCGUCAGAAUUGGAAUGAUCCACGCCUCGCAUACAGUGAAUAUCCAGAUGACUCCUUAGAUUUAGAUCCAUCCAUGCUGGAUUCCAUUUGGAAACCUGAUUUGUUCUUUGCUAAUGAGAAAGGUGCCAACUUUCAUGAAGUUACAACAGAUAAUAAGUUGUUGAGGAUUUUCAAGAAUGGAAAUGUACUUUAUUCCAUCAGAUUGACUUUAAUACUUUCCUGUCCAAUGGAUCUCAAAAAUUUUCCAAUGGAUGUGCAAACGUGUAUAAUGCAGCUGGAAAGCUUUGGAUACACAAUGAAUGAUCUCAUUUUUGAGUGGCAAGAAAAGGGAGCGGUUCAAGUAGCAGAAGGCCUCACUCUGCCACAGUUUCUGCUGAAAGAGGAAAAGGAUUUAUGUUACUGCACCAAGCAUUACAAUACAGGAAAGUUUACGUGUAUUGAAGUCCGAUUCCACCUGGAGAGGCAGAUGGGUUACUAUCUCAUCCAGAUGUACAUACCGAGCCUCUUGAUCGUGAUUCUCUCCUGGGUGUCAUUUUGGAUCAAUAUGGAUGCAGCUCCAGCCAGAGUGGCUUUAGGCAUAACAACUGUACUGACCAUGACAACACAAAGUUCAGGUUCACGAGCAUCUCUUCCAAAGGUGUCAUACGUCAAAGCCAUUGACAUCUGGAUGGCGGUGUGUCUGCUCUUUGUGUUUUCUGCCCUUCUGGAGUAUGCAGCUGUAAACUUUGUGUCGAGGCAGCAUAAAGAACUCCUGCGAUUCCGACGCAAGAGGAAGAAGAGCAAGGAUGAUGAUACACGUGACAGUCAGUUUAGCAUUACAGCAUAUGGAGUGGGCCCAUGUGUGCCAGCAAAAGAUGGAAUAACACAGAAGGGGCCAAAUAAUCCUGUUCAACCUGUACCAAAAAGCCCUGAUGAGAUGAGAAAGGUAUUCAUUGACCGGGCCAAGAAGAUAGACACAAUAUCCAGAGCUUGUUUCCCAUUAGCCUUUCUGAUUUUCAACAUUUUUUAUUGGGUAAUCUACAAAAUCAUCAGGCAUGAGGACAUUCACCAGUAACAAGAUUCAGGCUUGCAGGACAUAAAGAUGUGGCUGUCGCACUCAGCAGGAGGCUUUUUGUUAGAAAUGUACAUCAGAGGAGUGAUUGGAAGAGUCAAAAACAAUGAGGGGGAUAAAAAGGAUCCUGAAAGACCUGCAAUGACCAGCUGCAGUGGGAUGGAAGAAAGAAACCCAGAGAAGAUACAUCUGCUAUUGCAAACUUUCCUUGUCAAACUAAAUAUUAACAAUUUUUUCGUUGAAAAUCACUCUCUUCUGAAGCUUUACUGCCAAGUAUUUAUACAUACUGUUACAUAGUGGUAUAAUUGUACAGUACUCUUUGAUGGUCCUUAAAUUUUUUAAAUUCUGGUGUAUUUUUAAUUUUAAAAAUGUUUCCAGAAUACCCUUGGUGAAUCCCACAAUGUUACAGAACAGAUUAGAGUUUGUAAGUUUUCUUUUAAUUUUACAAUAUAAUGACAAAUUAAUGAUUGGAGAAAACAGCUUAAAGGACUUGAUGUAGUCUUAGGGACAGUACCGGUGGUUUUACAGUGAACAUAUUUAACAUUUAAUUUAUUCAGUGUACUUCAUAUUAUUGUUUCCCUGGAAGGUGUAUGUUGAAAUAAUCUCAGCACAAGAUAUACAGCCUAACAGUCUACAUUUCAUAUGAGAAAUAUACUAACAUUUGUAAAGUAUUGAUUCCUGCAAAGGACUUUUUUUUCUUUUAAUUACCUAUACUUUGAUAAUUGAAGCAUAUUCUUUAAUCUUUUUUUUUAUAUUUUAAAGGGUUUUUUUUCUCAAUUCAUAAAACUCAUACAGCUUGUGAAAUAGACAAAUUACAUCAAAAAUUUUGCAAUGCUUCAUUUUGAUUCAAUGCAAAGAGAUCUUGUACCAAGACUGAAAGCGAAGAGUCAGCUGCUUCACUGAAGCAUUUGGAGGAUGAAUACAGUUAUGUUUAUGCCCAUUCAUCUCCUAUAUAUUACAUAAUUCCAGCAAGUUUAAUUUAUGAAUGUGUCAAAUUUUCUGACUCAUUCCUUGAAGUUUGUUAAUGUGACUUAGAAUCUGGUUAAGAAGAACUUCACAACUUUGGAAAAACAUGCAGCUCUUCUGAAACAAAAAAAAAGAAAAAAUACCUGGAUGGUCUUUUAGUUUACUGGAUUUCACAUUAAUAAAUAGGAGAACAACUAUUAAAACUCUUAGAUCUUCCCUGUUUUGGUUUGAAUAAGCCAUAUUAGUUGCUUCUUUGAAUUGUAACACCAUAGAACACGUUUAUGGCACAUUGUCCAGGCAAGAGUAUUUACUUUUGUCAAUCUAUUGGCAAAACAAAAUCAUGCUAUGAUGUGGAAAUACAGCAUUUAGAAUUUUUAGAUAUUUUAAGUCCAGUCAGUGAGACUGCUUCUCAUUGCAAAAUAUUUUUAUUUUGGACAUGUUUAAAAUUUGCUCUUUGUUGAUGGUCAGAAUGUGUAUACAAAAGCAGAAUGGGCUGGAGGCGAACAUCUGGUGCACUGCCAAAGGCAUGGUGCAUAUAAAGCAAAAGAAGCAAUGUAACUCUGUGCUGGAGCUUGUAACAUAGCAACCCUGGGUUUGGUUUGGUUUGUUAUUGUUUUCCUCCCAGGAUUAUUUAGAGAGAUUCUGUAACAGUAGCUCUCACAUUUUGUUAAAUUAUGUCAGAAGGAACAAGUAUAAUCCACCUUUAUUUUAAAACUAAUAUGCUUUUAUAUUUUGCUUCAUUUAAUAACCUAAAAUUAUUUCAAUUCACUUUUUGCCUUUUGUUUCUGAUACUGCGUCUUCUUUUUUAUUGAUUUCUUUAUGUGCAUGUUCAAAAAAAUCUCAUUCGCUUAUGAAGGUGUGAGGGAGUAUCACAAAUUUAUGACUGAUAUUCACCUCUCUCAAAGUUAGAGUUAGUUAUAUUGUAUGGAAAGGGUUGUUGCUAACAUGUUUCUGUUAUCAGCAAAAUCAACUAUCUUUUGUUUAAGGGCUGUUUUCAAAUGCACAUAACAUUUAGCAUGUGAUUCUAUUUUGAUACAAUGGAACCAAGAUCUCUCUGGAGCAGAUGGUUUUGUGGACUUUUUUAAUGGAACCAUAACAUUUACCAAGGUAACAUAAACCUCUGUAGUCCACUAAUGUGUUUUUCAUAAGAAAAAAUUACUUUAAAUUUAAGCUUCAUUUAGAUUAUUCCCAAAUUACUUAGUAUAAAGUCAUGUGGUAGAGAAAGAGAGAAAUGUCAUUUAAGAUGAUAAGAAUCUUCAAGGCACAAAUGCCUGCUAUUCACCACUGACAACAAGAAUAGUCCAAAACUGCCAGCAGGCAUGCCAGCCCUCUGUGCAAAGCUGGAAUCAACAGCUACUGACAUCAGCUAAGAUUACUGUAAGAGAUGAUACUUUUGCAACAGUAUAAUGAAGCAGCAGGAAAUGAUGUUAAGAUGCAAGAAUUGAAAGGUACUCUGCAGUAUUUACCAGACUGCAGUAUUUUUGUUGCACUCCCAUCAGAGAGUGGAAAUGCAGAAAAACACUCAUCAUGGAGAUAAUGCUUGAGGCAAAUGGUACCUAGCAGGCAUUUUCCUACAUAUAAAAAAAGACCCUAUUCAUUAGGCAGAAGUAAUAGCUACCUCACUUUACUAUCACUGGACCUGAGCUCUGCAGAAGCCCAGGCAAAGCACACAAAGUCCUUGGCAAAGCCACACAAGAAAUCUUCUCAUAAGCACAGUCCCUGUCUGACUGGAUAAUGCAGCUUUGUCCCAAGACAUCAUUCAACAUGGGUGCAGACCCUGUACUUCUCAGGUCAUGUUUUUGUGGACCAGCCCUAUGCUUCAAAAAUUAAAUACUGGCACUAGAAGAACAUGGUAAGACAAUGAGAACAGAGACACUGUAGGAUCUGGAGGAAUACCCCAAUAACAGAGCUACUGAGGAGCUGACACAGUCACCAUGAAGGGAAAAAAGGGAUCAAGCACCCUUAGUGUUUUUCCCAAUCCUGCCAUGUCUUCGUAGGUACAAUUGCUCAGGUGGAAGCAGUAACUACAGAGGAAAACAAUUUAUGUCAUCUGCUGCAAAGUUUGUAUUGUUUUGUGGCAGUAGUUUCUACCUGUGCAGAUUGACUUCCACACCAUCCUCUUUCUUGAUAGAAAGAAAAGCAGAGCAGGAAGGUACAGGAUGAAAAGUCUGGGCUGUGCAUAGCAGAACAGGAGCCACAGAGAGUGAGAAAGCCCAAAGCAGAGCCUGGAACCUCUCACAUGACUUUCUUUUCGUUCUGCACUAAAGAGAUGUGGCCGAAUCUGUGUUACCCCUCAUAAGACAAAAAAUUCAGUACCUUGAGAAAGGAGAAGAAAACCCCCUUAGAGCUGCAGUAGAAAUAUUCAACUAUCACUGUGCCAAACUCCUAGUUAAAUUUCAAACAGCAAAAAGCAUUUUAUUUUUAAAACUAGAUUCAAAUAUCAAUGCAAUAGGCUUGCAUGGUUAGAGGGAUGGCUUUUUUCUCUAUAAUGCUGAUAAACUAUGUGAAGAUGUAAGGAAAUAAGGAAUACUAAUAUUGUACUGCUUAGAACUCAGCUAUUUUAACACCAAAAUAAAGUAUGUUUUGCUUUCAAAGACUUUUGACAGCAAGCAGUAUUGUUUAAGCAGGUUAGUGUAAUUCAGGAGGAAUAGAGCGUUUACUUAAGAUUUAAUUAUUUUUUCAGCUCAAUCAUUAGGUUUCUUUGGAUUCCUUUUCUCAUCUUUCAUUCCAAAAUCUGCUAUAUAAAGAAUCAUUUGUGAUCUGUGAGAGAUAAUUCUGUUUACUCACUAGACAGAAAUAUUUAGGUGAUUAAAUGUGCACUUUACAUUUAAGGAGUGAGAUAUUGUUUCCACUUUGUGUAUAAUCCCUUACAGAACUGUAGACUGAUAAUGUAGAUAAAGAUAGAAUAUAAUAAACUGUACAAAACCUUAUAUUUUUAACAGUAGGCAAAGUUAAAAAGUCUUCCUUAACCUUAGAAAAAGAAAAAGUAUUAUUUUCAGCAAUAAUUUUAUAGUAGAAGGAAAUUAAUUUAUUUAUACCGUUCCCAGCCCAAGCUGACAUGAUUGGUUGCAAAAGAUACACUUUUCAUCCAGCUUCUGCUCUCAUUUGAGCUAUCAUAGAAAUUAAUCCAACAGAAUAGAAUUUGGCCUUAAAAUGUGAAACUGCUGAACGAGCUAGUAAUACAUACAGUACCCCUGUGAGGUAGUAAGAGAACUUUAUCCACAUCUUACUGCACAAUCAUGUGGUUAUUUAGAUGAGUACAAUAUCAGAUUUCACAGCUUUGUUCCUUUUUGAGACGACUAAGAAGAAAAACAUAAAUCUCAAACCAGACUACUUGUUAGUAAUAAAUUGGGUGUUCUGUUUUGGAGUGGUUACAGAAAAGGUGUCUUCAGGCAACAAUAACCUACAGUAAUUACUGAAGUACUAUCAGUUUGGAAGGCUUGUGGAAGCAGGUUAGAUUGCUAGAAGCAGUAGAUUGAUGCCAGAAAAAGUGUUGGCUCAUCCUGUCUUCUUGACAUUCUCGAAUAUUACUGCACUUCUUCACUUUCAUCUUUGUCAAAUAUGCAAGAAACAUUUCUUAUGUUUGUAUUUUAAUGUACAUCAGAGUGAUAUUAACAGAUGAAAUGAACUCAAGUAGCUACUGAUGUUCCAUGAAUGUGGAAUUGCUGUAUAAAAAGAAAUUGUGCCAUAAGCUUUUGACAUAAAGGUUUAAUAUAAUGUAUGGUAUUUUGUGUGUUAGUGAACCUGGCUUUCUAAAGGCAACAGCAAGAAAAAAAUAAAAAUUUAUAUGAUAGUUUAUUAAUAACUUGUCUGUGAGUUUUCAAAAUAUUCUCCUGUGAGUUCUCUCUGACAGCAAUUUCAUCUCAAAGUAUUUACUUUUUUGGUAAAAAUCUAUAAAUGUGUUGUGCAUGGAUUUUAUUCGAUUCUUUUUUAUUGUAUUACAGUAUCAUAUUGCACUUAAACUGACAUUCUGUGCAGUCAGAAGUGUUAAAAAUGUGAAAUUUAUGGUGUCACCCAUGUCAUUGUAGAUAUUUUAUUCAAAAAAGAAAAUAAACUUAUCUUUUUU